AUUUUUUAUGGCACUUUCUACUUUAAUUGGAAGCCCCCCAUACAUCCUCCAUUGAUCUUUUGAUGAUGAUCAUCAUCAUACUAACAUUUUUCUACCCCACCUUUAAAAUAAAUUUCCUCCCUUUAUCACCGCUCAGCUCUUUAUUACUCUCUUUCACCAUUUUUCAUGGCUUUUUUUCCUAAACAUUUCUUUAGAUUUUAACUUUGUUUGGUUGUUUGUCGGUGGACAGUAGCAUCCAAUGUUAUUAAAAAUAAAAAUAAAAACCUACCCUUUUAAUUAAAACCCAACAAAAAUCCAACUAAUCAUCCGUCUGGUUUCUGGGUUUAUGUGGUUUGUAAUUUAAGCCACAAUCAUUUCAUCUUCCAUCACUUCAAAUGCCAGUUUCUUCUUAACAAUUCUCUCUGUAAUGUUGGUUCAAAGCUUUAGCUGUUGUUGAAAAAACUUGAUUCUCUGCAUAAAAACAAAGAAACUGAAACUAGAAUCAUGGAUCACAAAUCAUGGCUUUGGAGGAAAAAAACUUCGGAAAAGACUAUUGUUGCUACGGAUAAGGUCGAUGUUUCUGUGAAACGAAUUAAUGAAGAGGAACGAAUGGAGGGGGGACGAGAUAGAAUAGUAAAGAAUCUAAAUGAGAAGCUUGCUUCGGUUCUCCUUGAAAAUAAUGCUAAGGAUGAUUUGAUGACAAAAAAUGUGAAAAUGGCACCAGUACUGAAUGCAGGUCGGGACAUGGCUGAAGCAGAUGCAUUCGCUCUGAAGAAAGAGCUACAUGAAGCUUUGAGGCAAGGGAAAUUGGCAAAUGAAAAGUUGACUCAGUCGGAGGUUGCAUUGAAGGAAUGUAUGCAACAGCUAAAUUUUGUUCGAGACGAGCAGGAGCAAAGGAUCCGUGAUGCUGUUGCAAAGACAUUAAGCGAGUUCGAGAAAGAACAGAAAGCAUUACAAGACAAGUUGACAGACACAAACAGAAGGCUUGAAGAGUUGACUAUCGAGAAUACUCGGCUAGCUAAAGCCUUGCUAGUCAAAGAAAAAAUGAUCGAAGAUCAGGAGAAGCAGAAAUCUCAAUCAGAAGCAGAAUUCAGUGCACUAAUGGAUAGAUUAGAUCUCACUGAGAAAGAGAAUGCAUUUCUCAAAUACGAGUUUCAUGUUCUCGAGAAGGAGCUUGAGAUCAGAAACAAAGAGAUGGAAUAUACCCGUCGAUCAGAAGAUUUAGCACAUAAACAACAUUUGCAGGAUGUAAAGAACAUUGCUAAGUUGGAAGCCGAAUGCCAAAAGUUACGUUUACUUCUACAAAAGAGGCUGCCAGGUCUGGCUGCCGUGAUGAAAAUGAAGAAUGAAGUCGAAAUGCUGGGAAAGGACAAGUCAGAGACGAGAAGAAGAAAGCUGAACCCAACUAGAGAUUUGAUCGUCAGAGGCUCCACUGCUGACAUAUCUCCUGAAAAUCCAAUCAAGAGUAUCAAUCUCUUGUUGGAGCAAUUACACAAUGUGGAAGAAGAAAACAAGAAUCUCAAAGAAAUAAUGACCAAGAAGAAUGCUCAAAUCCAAUCAUUGAGUUUAAUAUGUUCUCAAACAUCAUCCAGGCCAACAACAGAAAUUGGGAUUCAGCCUAAAGAGUUGUUUAAAGGACAAAAGUCCGUGGAGCUGGUAAGGAGUAGUACGAUAUCAAGUGAGCUAUCCAUAAUAUCAGGUUUUGAUAUUGGCAGCAUUGAUGGAACUAGCUCUUCUUGUUCAUGGGCUAAUGCAUUGUUUCCAGAAUCUGCACGCUUGGGCAAAAGACUUAAGAAUCCAAUGGAUCACAAGGUCUUUACAGAUCCAGAAAUGAGAUUAAUGGACGAUUUUGUAGAGAUGGAAAAGUUAGCCUUAUCGGAUGGUAAUGAAUUGGUGCCAUUUGAGCAAGGUCAUGGUACCUUCAGCAAUACAAAGCAGAUGCAGUCAAAAGAUGUAGCAGGUGAAAGAUCAUUUGAUUGGCUUCAGGUUGUUUUGCAAGCUAUCUCCAAGCACAAAUGUAUUUCCAACCGAAGUUCAAUUGAAAUUCUCGAGGACAUCAAAAUUGCUUUGGGUUGUAGCAGUCUUUUAAAUGCUCCUGAUGUUGAUAAAACUGCAUGUUCAAUGCAUCCCAUAGAAGCUGAUGGUCCCCAUAUCAGCGGCUACAUAGCCUGGAAAUCCCCGAACGCUUCUCCUACUACAGGUUCACUAAGCGGAGCUUCUAGUGUUGAGACCUCAGCCGAAAAAACAAAAAAGCAACUGUUUCAGCCUGAACUGAACAAGUCAAUCGGUAAAAUCAUUGAACUGAUUGAAGGAAUUGGACUAACAUCUUCCGAUUCUUCUGACAGUUGUCUAGAGAAAAAUCAAACUCCUAAACAAUCACCGGCUCAUGCAGACUACUUUGUUCGUGUUUUUCAAUGGAAAAGUUUGGAAUUAAGCACCGUUCUACAACAUUUUAUUCGUGCAUGUAACAAUCUGUUGAAUAAAAGGGCUGAUCUUGAAACUUUUGCUGAAGAACUCUCAUUUACUUUGGACUGGAUUGUGAACUAUUGCAUUACUCCUAAGGAAGCUUCGAGUGCGAGGGAUAAGAUCAAAAGACAUUUUGGUUGGAAUGAUUCACAAAGUGAAAAAGAAGUUGCUUAUGCAAGCCAUGGAGUGGAAUCAGAUGUGACCCACAUUUCUAAAGAACAAACAUCACUUGUAGACUCCUUUGUUUCUUUGCCUGAGCAGAGUCACAGUGUUAUCCCCCCACUGGAGGAAGAAAACAAGAGAUUAAAAGAUGAUCUGAAGGAUAUGAAAACGAGGCUCGAGUCAGAAACAGACAAGAGUGAGGCCCUGAUGUUACAACUUCAAGAAUCAAAGGAAAGCAUUGGAAGCUUACAAGCAGAACUUAAUAUGUUGAAAGAAUCAAAGGAGACGAUAGAGGAACAGGUUGAAAAUCAGAAAUCAAUUAAUGAAGAUCUCGAUACACAGCUCACUGUUGCCAAAGCUAAACUAAACGAAAUCUUCCACAAGUUAUCAUCUUUGGAAGUUGAGUUGGAGUACAAAAAUAGCUGUUGUGAAGAGCUAGAAGCUACUUGUCUUGAGCUUCAACUCCAGUUAGAGAGUGUGGCAAAGAAAGAAACACCGAAGUAUGUCAUGGAUCAAGAAGGGAAGCAAUCUCAAAAUGGUUGGGAAAUUACAGCAGCUUCAGUCAAGUUAGCAGAGUGUCAAGAAACAAUUCUGAACCUAGGUAAGCAAUUAAAAGUGUUGGCCUCACCGCAAGAAGCAGUACUAUUCGACAAAGUUUUCUCCAAUAGUAAAGCCGCUACCACGGCUAUAAACAACAGAAGGGUGAACAAACGUCUCUCCUUGCGCGAUCGAAUGCUAGCCGACAAUGGUAGUAAACCAGAAGAUGCAGAAAAUUCAACCCUUCUCCACUCCGAUAAUUGCAAGACUUCAGGUUUGUUGUUACAUGCCUCGGGAUCAUGUCUUGGUUCCAAGAAUGAAAGUGCCAAUGCCGGAGUUAUGGCUUUGGCUAUCGUACCAAGCAACAAGCAAGGAGUGGGUUUGCUAAGGAAGUUGCUGUUUAGAAGGAAGAAAGGUUACACUAAGAAAUUUCGUUACCAACACUGAGGAGCGACCGGUAAUACAGAGUGAUGACAUCGCAACUCCAGGUAAUCCACCGUGUGUUCAUAGUGUGGCAAUUGGUUUUUUGUUUGCUGUUUCCUUUUCCGAGUUAAUAUCAUAUGGUGAGAGCUUGUAGUCCUUUUGCAGAAACUCAUAUAGAGGUGUAUAGUAAUCUGAUAUGGCUAUGUAUAUUUCUGGAUUGAAGGGCUUUCCAAAAAAAAAAAACCCAGAUAUUUGAGUCGGUAGCUUUAACAAGAGAAAUAUCAUUUGUGAGAUUUGAUCAUAA